CCUGCCUAACUGCGUAUGUCUGUGUUCCAGGUGGCGCUCAACGGUCUGGAGGUGAUGACAUUCCUGGUGGAGCGGAUGAACCACGACUUCAGGCCAUACUUGUCAUCCGUCACCCCUGCCGCUACUGACAGGCUGGGUGACAGCAAGGAUGCCGUGAGGGAGAAGGCACAGAUGCUGCUUUCCUCCAUGAUGGAAAAUGUAGUGCCGCCCAACAGCAUGUUUGAGCGGCUCAUCCCGGCCUUCUCCCACAAGAAUGGCAAGGUGCGGGAGGAGGUGAUGAACUGCCUCCAGAACACCCUCAACAAUCAUGGUGCGUCUUCAGUGACAGUCUCCCGCUUGGUGCCACACAUUGUGAAGCUCCUGUCUGAUCCAACUGCGUUAGUAAGGGACUGCGCCUUCAACACCCUGGUGGAGUGUUACAAGCACUAUGGGGAAAGACUCAGAAUAGACCUGUCCAAGAAACACAAUGUCCCACCAUCCAAGCUUCCAGCGCUGAUGACUCGAUUUGAUGAAGUACGGGAGACUGGGAUUUUGCUGCCAUCUGCCAUAACAGCUUCAGGCUAUGCAGAAGGUAUGUAUGUGCUUCGGGGCGGUUCGGGACUGGGCUUGACGGGGCGAAAGGCGGUAUGUAUGCAUGUAUGUAUUUAGGCCCGUAAAUUCUUCUUCUCUUAUGAUGAAGUGUUGAGGGGAAGCAAGCAUGGUAACCAGAACGAAACGAAGGAGGUGGACGUGAUAUUUGCCCUCAUGAUGUUCUGAUUGCACUCUUAUCAGUUAAGUGUGUGUGUGUGUGUGUGUGUGUGUGUGUGUGUGUGUGUGUGUGUGUGUGU